GAGUUUGAGUACAACAGUUUGAUCCCUUAUGUCUUAAUAAUAUUAAUUAAUACAAUACUAAUAAAGUCAUAAUAUAAUCCGCGGUCUACUGGAAUCAACGAUUGUUUCACAGUGACAUGGUAUGGGAUCCGGAUAUCGAACGUUUCACACCGGUACGAAUUCGUUGGCUGUGGCCUACGAGAUUUCCAGUGUUUUGGUAAUGGCGUUCGGCAACAACAACAAUAAUAACGUUUGUAAUCUGUAUAGAUAUACUUUUGUGGCUCUUUAAUCUUUAUAAUAAAGGCACCUUAUACAUGUUAUGUGUACCGUGAUCAUCUCGUCGUAGUCUAUUGGAAACUUAGAAGUUUGACGAUAAAUACGAAAUCAUAGCAACUAGUAAGUAGUAACCACAACGGUAUUUGCCGUGAAAGCAUCGAAGACUUCGCUAUCACAGAGCCGAAGAACAUCGCUGCGAGUCCGUUCGUUGGUGGUAAAAGUUUUCGUUGAAACGAUAGAUCCAGUCGAAUUUUCAUCUCGUCAAGUCCGAAGUAUUAUGGCCAUUCAUUGUUGAUUGAUACAUUCGUGUGUUACCAAGUUAGCAAAGAACCAAUACCAACUGCAGGUAUUGCGUUUGACCGAUGAGUCCGUCGGUGUCACCGUCGGACGGAUUGAAAGAAAAUAGAAUAUAGAUGCUGAACGACGCUUAGAUUAGGGAACGGCGUGUAACGUUCUAAUUUCUACAUAGAUACCUACAUCUUCAAAUUACAAGAUGUGUUCGAAUAAAAAUGCACCUAGAAUCAUGGUAUUUAGACCAACAUGGAAAGAAUUUCAAAAUUUUAGUAGCUAUAUUGAGCUGAUGGAAUCGCAAGGUGCUCAUAAGGCUGGCGUGGCAAAAGUUAUCCCACCACCUGAGUGGAUACCUAGAAAAAGAAGUUAUUAUGAAGAUGAUAUUAUGAAUUUGAAAAUUCCAGCUCCUAUAUGUCAAGUUGUACAAGGUAAGCAAGGACUUUAUCAACAACUUAAUAUACAAAAGAAACCUAUGACAGUAGGAGAUUACAAGUUAAUAGCUGAAUCUGAUGAGUAUAAGACACCUAACCAUUUUGAUUAUGGGGACCUUGAAAGAAAAUAUUGGAAAAAUAUAAUUUACAAAUCCCCAAUGUAUGGUGCAGAUGUAUCAGGAUCUAUUACCGAUAAAGAUGUUAAUGUUUGGAAUAUUAACAAACUAGGCACUAUACUGGAUUAUGUAAAUGAAGAUUAUGGUAUCAGCAUUGAAGGUGUUAAUACAGCUUAUCUGUAUUUCGGUAUGUGGAAAACUUCCUUUGCAUGGCAUACUGAAGACAUGGAUUUGUACAGUAUAAAUUAUAUACACGAAGGAUAUCCGAAGACAUGGUAUGCAAUACCUCCAGAAUACCUAUUUAAUAAAAUAACACAAGAACGAGGUGAGUUUAUGAUAACUUUCCCUUUUGGGUAUCAUGCUGGCUUUAACCAUGGCUUUAAUAUGGCGGAAUCGACAAACUUUGCAUCACCACGUUGGGUGGAGUAUGGGAAAAGAGCUUCACAGUGUCAUUGCCGUCAAGAUUCAGUGAAGAUCAGUAUGGACACAUUUGUUAAACGUAUACAACCGGAAAAGUAUGAAUUAUGGCUGCAAGGAAAUGAUAUUGGUACUCAUCCAGAAGAUCCUUCUCGUACUUUAGCAGCACCCUUGCCUAGUAAAUGUGACAUAUUAUGUAACAAGAACAAUACAGGUAUUCCAAAACUUUAUAUUGAAGCUGGUAGAAAACGUCAUCCUGUAACACAUAAAUUUUCAGAUUCUGAAUUGUCUAAUGAUACAACAAAUGACAAUAAAUGCAUAGAUGUAUCUUCAUCAACAAGUGUACAAGAGUUAGAUGAAAAAGAAUAUGAAGAUGAACAACUCAAUGAUGAACAGAGAGAAGUAAUGGAAGAUAUAUGGCUAAAAGCUGAUGAAAUGGAUGUCACUGAAGUAUCAUAUAACAAUGGAAGAUCUAGGCUUUUGAAUAAAAAUCAGUCAAUCUUGGAAGAUAUAGAAUUUACAAGUGAUAGUGAUUAUUGUGAUAGUUCAGAAAAAAAAAGUGCCAAGAAAAGAAAGACUAAAAAACGAGAAACAAAAAAGAAUUCAAAAUCUAAGAAAAAGAAAAUAUCUAAAUCAACUGAGAAAAAAAAUGUUCCUCUUGAUCAAACUAUUGACCAAACGAGUUCAACAACCAUUAGCAUCAAAGAGAGUGAUAAUAAUAUUAAAAAAGUAAUAACUGUAUCACCUAUAAAAUCUGAGAGUUUCAAUUCUUCGAAUAUUAAUAAAAUUACAGAAGAGGCUCGAGUGAAUAAAUAUCUCAAUAAGAGUAUUAAAAACUCAACAGUUCUUAACAAUACAUCAAACAAUGAUCGUUUAUUAUCUAAAAAAUGUGACAGUGUUAAUAAUAAUGCACAUUCAAAAGUAGUUAUAAUAAAACCAUUACCACCAAAUAACUGGGAAAAGCCCCAUAAUUCAUCUCUUACAAGUUUAAAUACCCAGGUUAAUACAAAAUAUCCACCUAAUUAUAUGUCUAAAGUAUUUAUGACUCCAACUCUAAAAUUAGUAGAUAUAAAAUCUACACAGAAAUUUUCAACUCUUGAACCUAUACAAAUUAAGGAUGCAGAAGAAUAUGUAAUUGAUGGUAUACCAAAUAAUAUAUGUGAUAUGAUAAACAAUUGUUGCUCAUUUGAGAUUGAGCAACUGUAUAAUGUAUUUAGAAGUAUGGAUGAUCCAUAUUGUUCAUUGUGUAUGAUGUUUAAUCGUCGUCAUAAGUUAACUUUCAACUUGGAUUGGCAAACCACAGCAACUAAUUUCAUGCAUCCAAAGUUACCCGACUUGCAGAAACCUAGCAAUGCAUUAUAUAAACAUGCACUUUCUGGCGGUGACAAAGGUUUUAAGGCAGAUCUUAUAAGAUGUGAAAAAUGUUAUUUGACAGUUCAUAAAGUGUGUUAUGGCAUUAAUGUAGACACAAGUAUACAUUGGUUGUGUGAUCGAUGCAUGAAAAACAAGAUGCUUGCUACUUGUGUAUACUGUCCUUUGAAAGGCGGGGCUCUAAAAGAAUUUAAAUUCAAUGCAUGGGCACAUGUUGAAUGUCAUCUACUUGUGCAUGGCAGUAGUCCAUUAACUGUCAAUACUUUUUCAACAGACUUUUCAACUAACCAAAAGUGUGUAAUAUGCAAUUUAACUUGUGGUAGUUGUUUUCGUUGCUCUGAGGGCGAUUGCAAUGCUUGGUUCCAUAUUUCUUGUGGAAUAUUUGCUGGAUUUGAUUAUCAAAUUGAUCGAAAAAACAAGCAUAUUUUAAUCCAUUGCAUAAGUCAUUGUCAUGUUCCAGAUAAACAACCGGUAAUUCACUUACACCAAAAAGUAUGGGCCAGGCACUCGAAACAUAAAAGGAUCACUGAAUGUCAAAUUGUAAAAAUUGGUAAAGCUCCUACAUGCAUUAUAAAAUUCAGUGAUGAUACAAUAUCAGACGUUUUUUCAUUAAAUGAAAUUAAGAAUUAUGGAGUAGAAGAUCCUCCAGCCAUUAACACAGAAAUACAGUUAGAAUCUGGUGAUAAAGGUUUAUUCUUGGGGAUAUAUUACAGGACCGUAUAUACAGUUUUAUAUAAUGAUGGCACAACUGAUUUUAUACACCCUGAGGAUAUAUACAGUGAAGAUGAGCAGGGUAUGGGCCGUUUAAAUCUGCAAGGCAAGCGCGGGUUAAAAAAAUAUCUAAAAGAAAAAAAAUUAACAUGGUUACAGAAAUUUAAUAAUUUAUCCAGCAUUUUAGAAGUUGUAAGCAAUUUAUAGUUAAUAUAUUUAACCUUGACAUUUGCAUUAAUUUUCCGGUUUUGUUCAAUAUAUUUUAUUUUAUUUUUAAAUUAUAUUAUGAUAGUAAUGUUCCUGCAGUUUUUUUCGUCCCAUUAAUUUUUUUUAUUUUAUAUUCAUUUUAAAUUACAACAUUUGUAUUAUUGAUACUGUGUUCAAAAUGUAUUUUUUCAUCGAUUUUAGAGUUAUAAGAAAAAUCAAUAGUUUAAUUUGACCAUUAUGUAUGUACAGUAUUGUAAUUAUUUUAUCAAAGUUUGUGUUCUAGUUGCUUUAUUUUAAAAUAAUUUCUCUUAAUUGUCUAUGUGUUAUGUUGCACAAUAAUGUUUCUUUACAUUUUAAGGUAAAACAAUUUAUUUUUGUUUGAUAAUAUAAUGAGUUUCCAUGUGAUCUCACUAUCCCGGGUGGUAUAUUAUAUGUUAAAAAUUUGUUAGCUAUAUUAACAUAUUUAUAUUAACCAUUACUUUAAUUUUAUUCAACAACUACACUCGAUUUAAGUGAUGGUUGAAAAAUCAAUAUCAUUAUUAAUUAUUCUAUUCGUAGAUAUAAGGUAAAGUUAUAUAUUUUUAUUUUUAUUUGUAAAUUUGUUUUACUUAACUUUUACAAUAUUAAUAAGUACCUACUUGUGUAGUUGUGUUUGUCUCAUGUAUUAUAAUUUUUUUUUGUGUUCAAUUAUUGUAAAAUAAUAUAAAGAAAACGCUUAAAUUAAAAAUAAAGGGAAAAACACUUUCUUUUUAAUAAUAUAGACUAUUAUAGCUUAUAGUAUUAU